AGCAGUCAGUGCGGCAGGAUGCUUCCCGUCAUGCUUUGCGCUAGUCCCGUUUCUGCGCCACUCGCGUGUUUUCCGCCGUUGUUUCAUUGAGAGAACCUGAACAUGGCAUCCGACGGACCACCGGGUACCGACCAAGCCCCGUCCGAUUUGGGCACUGCUAUUGCAGCUUUGAACUCAUGGACCCACCGGGAGCUUCAGACCAAGCUGGCGGAGAUUGGAGCGCCUACGAUGGGUCUCAGAGAGGAGUUGACUGACAGACUGAAGGGCUACAUGAUUCAGACUGGGAUCCUCGUCAGCAAACAUAAGGAUGACAAGUCAAUGGGCUCCCAGAUGCACGGUAUCCCUCCCUUGCCCCCGAUGCCCAUGCCGCCCAUGCCUCCUGGUAUGGGCAUGCUCCAGGCUAUGAGCAUGAUGCCCGGGGGUCCGCCUCCUCCUGGCAUCCACAUGGGCAUGGAGCCCCUGGGUAUGUGCCCUCCUGGCAUGUCUCAGGACGAUCAGCUGAAGAUGGCCCAGCACCGAGCGGCCAUGGUGCUGCAGCAGGAGGAGAGAGCCAAGCAGCAGGCAGCGAUGAUGGAACACGAGCGCCAUCAGCCUGGCGGCCAAAUGAGAGGUAUGGAUCCUCGUGGGCCGCUGCCUCCUGGUGUCAGUAUGAUGCCGACCCAGAAACAGAGAGUGCCCCCCCCUCCAGGAGAAGAUAACAGAGAGGCCUGGCAGAAUGAGGAGGUCAGCAUCAGCGGACCAAAGAUCCCUCAGGCUCUGGAGAAGAUCCUCCAGCUGAAGGAGAUCAGACAGGAGCAGCUCACCGACCCCGCCGAAGAGGAAGACGAUGAGGCCGGAGACAUGGACCUGAACAACUCCUCUGCUCCGGUCAUGUCCGAGACAGAAGACGACGACAGUCAGAUAUCUAAGAAAGAUAAAAACCGCAGGCGCAGAAACCGCAAGAAGAAGAGCAAGAAGAAGCGGGCGCUGGAGAAGAAGGAGCACGCGGAGCAGCAGCAGGAGGAGCAGAAGAAGGAUGGCAGCGAUAAAGAUAAAGACUCAGAGAAGGAGAAGGAGAAGGAGCCCGAGGUGGAGAUCGAGUACAUCGCAGAGGAGCCGGAGAUCUACGACCCCAACUACAUCUUCUUCAAGAGGAUCUUCGAGGCGUUCAAGCUGACCGACGACGUGAAGAAAGAGAAGGAGAAGGAGCCCGAGAAGACGGAGAAGCAGGAGACCGCCGUGCUGCGGAAAAAGGGCUUCGAGGACGAGAGGAAAGACAGCGACGACAGUGAUGAUGACAUGAGACCAGAUUUACCCAAACUGUCCAAGAAGAAGAUGAGGAGGAUGAACAGGCUGACUGUGGCUGAACUCAAACAGCUGGUGGCCCGUCCAGACGUGGUGGAGAUGCACGACGUGACGGCCCAGGAGCCCAAGCUGCUGGUGCACCUGAAGGCCACCAGGAACACGGUGCCGGUGCCCCGCCACUGGUGCUUCAAGAGGAAGUACCUGCAGGGCAAGAGAGGAAUAGAGAAGCCCCCGUUUGAGCUGCCCGACUUCAUCAAGAAAACUGGAAUCCAGGAGAUGAGGGAGGCGCUGCAGGAGAAGGAAGACGCCAAAACCAUGAAAACCAAAAUGAGGGAGAAGGUUCGCCCCAAGAUGGGAAAGAUCGACAUCGAUUACCAGAAGCUGCACGACGCCUUCUUCAAAUGGCAGAUCAAACCCAAGCUCACCAUCCACGGAGACCUCUACUACGAGGGAAAAGAGUUUGAAACUCGUCUGAAGGAGAAGAAGCCGGGAGAUCUCUCCGAUGAGCUGCGCAUCGCUCUGGGCAUGCCGGUCGGACCUAACUCCCACAAGGUGCCCCCCCCCUGGUUGAUCGCCAUGCAGAGGUACGGCCCCCCUCCCUCCUACCCCAAUCUCAAGAUCCCCGGACUCAACUCCCCCAUCCCAGAGAACUGUACGUUUGGUUAUCACGCCGGGGGCUGGGGGAAGCCGCCCGUAGACGAGAUGGGCAAACCUCUCUACGGGGACGUGUUCGGGACCAAUGCUAUAGACUUCCAGGCCAAAGCGGAGGAGGAGGAGGUGGAUCACGCGCCGUGGGGAGAACUGGAGCCUUCAGACGAGGAGUCAUCGGAGGAAGAGGAGGAGGAGGAGAGCGAUGAGGAGAAGCCGGACGAAACUGGGUUCUUCACACCGGCAGACAGUGGGCUCAUCACCCCCGGGGGCUUCACGUCGAUCCCUGCCGGCAUGGAGACGCCCGAGCUGAUCGAGCUGAGGAAGAAGAAGAUCGAGGAGGCCAUGGACGGAAACGAGACCCCUCAGCUGUUCACGGUGCUCCCGGAGAGACGCACGGGCCCCGUAGGCGCCGCCAUGAUGGCUUCAACUCACAUCUACGACGUGUCGGGGGCCAUGGCGGCCCGUAAGAUGGGUGGAGGGCAGGAGUCUCAGGGCGUGGAGGUGGCGCUGGCCCCCGAGGAGCUGGAGCUCGACCCCAUGGCCAUGACGCAGAAGUACGAGGAGCACGUCCGAGAGCAGCAGGCGCAGGUGGAGAAGGAGGACUUCAGCGACAUGGUGGCCGAGCACGCUGCCAAACAGAAGCAAAAAAAGAGGAAGGCCCAGCCGCAGGACACGAGAGGCGGCGCCAAGAAAUACAAAGAGUUCAAGUUCUAGAGCGGAAACACCGAGACGACGCGGCGCUGCGAGAGACCGAGCCACCACGGGAACCGAAUGAGGAAGUGUUGUUCUCAGAUUUUAACUCCGGAGGAUGUAAACAUCGAUCAUCUGUCAGACCAGUAACUGUACACACAGUUUUGUUCCUUUUUUUAAAACUAUAAAUAGAUGAUUCAUGGCGUAAGUCACAUGGCGUUUCCUGUUUGACCCUACGUCUUUUUUCAUUGUAUCCAUUUUUUUCUGUUUUUUUUGUAAAUAAACGAAUGAUGACAAGCGUUCACAACCAC